CCAAGCGAAUGUACUUGAUGAUAGAUGUCAAACUUCACCAAAGUGACUGUCUUAUCACCGCGCUUCAACAACAACAAACGAUCAAAGAGAAGACAUUCGACGAAGGCUGGUGGAUUGCGCACAACAUGCCGAGUCCGCCACACGACGGGCACCGUCCAUGAUCACCUUGGCGGAUCAAACAUCAAGUCCACUGGUUCAUUCGUCGAAGAGCAAACCUUGGCUUUGUAGCCUUCUCAACACCGAGCACAGUCAAACCAGCAUCACCAUCGGUGCUCAGAACACUGCUCUUGGCGCGAAGAGAUCCAAGCAGGUUGUAAUUAUCUUCGCACCUCGUUCAUAUCACCCCGUGGAAGUGCCACGUUUUCACGUCGCUCGCGAUAAUACUCGAGAGCAGGUAGCAAGUGUUUAUCAGCACGACGCAGCUGACAAUCAAGACGAUGGCGCCGUAGGCGAUCCAGACUUCUCGUAGAAGACGACAAACAAACUGAGCGAGUACGCACCCAUGAAGUAGAACAGUAAUCAACCCCUCGUAGAUGCAGACAUCGAAUUUGUUGCUCCGGUACUGGCUGACAGCGAUAUCCACGCCACAGAAUUCAACGCAUGGAAUGUGUCUUCGAAAACCGCGAAUGAAGCGCCUUCAGCACUUCGUUGGAGAGCGUUGGGAAUUAAUUCAUUGUGCGCUGCUUUGUUGGUUGGUUGUGGUCAGCUUCAUCAAGUCGGCCGAAAGGGACACAUGCUUGAACCGAAUGCUUAUCUGUAGGAGCACACCUCCGAGAACAGUUCCCAUCCUGGCAAUGAUAUCACGAUGAAGCUUUACGCUAACAUGUCCUUGGCCGAAAUAUACGAAGUACUCGAUUUCUGGACUUGGUGCAGUCAUUUCGGGUCUGCGCUUGUUUUCUCUGUUCCGUUUGUUAUUGCUUUGGUGAGUUGGAAAAUGAACGAGUUGGAGAUGCAAACAAAACAGUAUCUGCGUAAGUAUGACGUGAAACGUGCUCGCUCGUGCUGAUUGUGUUAAUUGCAUCAUAGCGUCAACGAUAUAGUAGGCAUAAUUCAACAAAAAAAUUAAAUGACA